AUGUUUCUAAAGCCAAGAGCCGUAUGCCUCCCCGUUCAUCAACAAAGCGCUGACCCCUGUCUGGUACGUGCCUCUUGUCCUGAGCCCACGGUUUUGGCUUCGAGGUCAACCUCUCGAAUAGCUUUCGGGACUCGACAGUCAGGCUUAACUUGGCCGGUGCUUGUCGCAGUCUGUAUUAUCCAACAGAUCAUCAUGACUUUUCGUCAGCAGCCACCAAAGAAAAGGGACAGAACCAACGAGAACUGCGACAAAGCGGUCAAAAAUAUCAUGUGGCGUUGUGAGCAGAUACGACGACGAUAUGGAGCCGAUGUGUACGUCCAAGUCCGCUUCAAAACCAGGCUCUAUGAGUACACGUCUUCCGAAAAGCCCGAGUUCCCCAGGUCCAGAGCUGAGUUGAAAGCGACCUACCCUGUCCCGGUAGCAAGAUCGCCGCUGGACUACACGGAAAGAAGACCUCGAGGCGUCGUUGAAGGUCAAUCUAGCGUAAGCAGCGGUUGA